AUGGGCGCAGGGGCGUCCAGCAUGGUGGGGCCGGACGGCGAUGGCCCGGGGCUCGGGGACCUGCCGGAGGCCUGCGUCGCCGCCGUCCUCGUGUACCUCGAUCCGCCGGAUAUCUGCCGGGUGGCCCGGCUGAAUCGGGCCUUCCGUGGGGCGGCGUCGGCGGACUACGUGUGGGAAUCGAAGUUGCCGAGCAAUUACGCGUACCUGUUGGAGAAGCUCGCCGGCGAGGACGGCGCAACCGACGAUCGCCGCUGCGGGGGCAAGAGGAUCUGCAAGAAGGAGAUCUACGCCAGGCUCUGCAAGCCGAAUCCCUUCGACGGGGGCACCAAGGUAGAUCGCCUUCGCCCUUUCAUCAUCAUCAGCAUCAUCUCCCCCCCGCCCUCCAUCACAGUGGAGAAACACUGCGUGCGCGAGAGAAUUGGGGAUUCCCGCCGGGGAAGAUUCAAUCGCAGAUUAUUUCAGUCGCUCUUCGAGGUUUUAUUAUAUUUAUGGUGGAGAUAUCUGCUUCUAACCGGAUUCGGAUUCCGACCUUCGUCGGAUGCAGAUUCUCUGGCUGGAGAAGUGGAAGGGCGGCGUCUGCCUGUCGAUAUCUUCCAAGGCGCUGUCGAUCACAGGGAUUGAUGAUCGGCGAUAUUGGAACUACAUCCCAACGGAGGAAUCUAGGUGAAUUCUUGUUCCCGUCCUCGUUCUACUACCUUUUUUGCUGCAUUCCCGAAUCAAUAUGAAGAUGGGAUCAUCAAUUGACCCCUGUGUGUUCCACGAUCAUGUCGGAUGCGCCGUUCUUCCCCCGUUCUGCUGCAGAUUCUAGAAACAAGGGAAAAAACUUCUGCGGAAGAAAGUAGGCGAAUCCUUGGAUGAUUUGGUCAACGUUGGAGGAAAAAUUUAUUAGCAGGCCCUUCACUCUACACAAUCGAUGGAUCAACUUGGCAGGAAAAAUUCUCUGAAUAUUCAGCCAUCUUGCUUUCUUGUGUUCUCAGCAGAGCGAUUGAGGUCUGAAGAUGAUCCCUUUCGACCUCAUGGCUCUCUCUUUCGCAUCUGGUACUAGGGUACAGACUCGGAGAUCCAAUCUUUUGGUCGGUUCUCUCUCCUCUACUUUUUACGAACUCUAACCAACAGGUUAAGAAGCCAGAACAUAGUCUGGUCUGUUCUCUCCUAUCACCAAGAACAUGUUGAACAUCCCCCCAAACGGGUCGGCGGUGGAUUCAUAAUAUUUGGAUAUUCAGCAUCUGCUCUUCCCAUCUGCAUCAAUCCUAACCCAAAAAUUCAGAAUUAGGAGAGAGCAGAGAAAGCUGACCGCAAGGCGUGCGUGUAUUGUUGUUUUUGGUGGUGGUUGGAACAGGUUCCAGACAGUGGCGUACCUGCAGCAGAUAUGGUGGUUCGAGGUGGAGGGGGAGAUCGAGUUCUGCUUCCCGGCGGGGGACUACGAGGUCUUCUUCCGCCUGCAGCUGGGGCGCACCUGCCGGCGGCUCGGUCGGCGGGUCUGCAACGCGGAGCACAUCCAUGGCUGGGACGUGAAGCCGGUGCGCUUCCAGCUGCGGGGCCCCGACGGGGAGCACGCCGCCGCGCUCUUCUAUCUGGUAGAGCCCGGCAGCUGGGUCUACUACCGCGCCGGCGGGUUCACGGCGGAGGGCGGCGGCGCCACGAAGCUCGGGUUCUCCAUGCGGCAGAUCGACUGCACCCACACCAAGGGCGGCCUUUGCGUCGACUCCGUCCUCAUCUGCCCCACCGGCCUCGUCCCUCGCCAUGGAGGGGUCUGCCCUGCCACGUGA